AUGUCACUUUCAAUCCAAAAUAGAACGUUUGAAUUCCAGCAAUGUGUUCAAUCAUUCGAUAAGAUCAACAAAAAAUCACAUACUUCAGACAAAAAACUACCUACCAAUAAAAAAUCCAAGUUCAAUCAACAAGCAAGUAUUAUUGCCAAAGAUUUGGCUCACACCACAGAAUUAUUAAGUAAAUUAGCAUUAUUAGCCAAAAGGAAACCUUUAUUCGAUGAUAAACCUAUUGAAAUUGGAGAGUUGACUUAUGUCAUCAAACAAGAUAUCUUUAAGAUCGAACAAAACUUACAAAAUUUAUCAAAAUUCUUAAAGGGAGAUACUUCGAUUAAUAUUGAUUCUCAAAUUGGUCAAUAUUCUAAAAACAUUGUUAACUUAUUAAAUUCUAAGAUGAAGAAUGUUAGUGGAGAGUUUAAAAACGUAUUGGAAAUCAGACAAAAGAAUGAAAUCUUGAACAAAAAUCGUACAGAAAAUUUCUUAUCAGCUUCAACAAAUAAUAGAAGUAAUAAUCAAAGUCCAUUCAUGAAUGAAAGUAAUAAUUUGCAUAUUGGAGAAAAUCCAUACUUAGCCCAAGCAUAUAAUAACCCCGACUUAGAUCCUGAUACUUCAGUUCCUUACUCAAAUUAUAAUAAUGGAGAAUUCUUAUCAAUACCUGAUCAAACCAAACAAUUGUUAAUGAUGGAAGAUCAAAGUCAACAAUAUUUACAACAAAGAAAUCGAGCCGUGGAAACUAUUGAAUCAACCAUUAAUGAAGUAGGAAACUUAUUUCAACAAUUAGCUACUAUGGUAAGUGAACAAGGUGAAACUAUUCAAAGAAUUGAUCAAAAUGUCGAAGAUAUAAAUUUAAAUAUAUCGGGAGCUCAAAGAGAACUUUUAAAGUAUUAUAAUAAUAUUUCAAGUAAUCGUUGGUUAUUCCUCAAGAUAUUUGGAGUUUUAAUAAUAUUCUUCUUAAUAUGGGUAUUGGUUAGUUAG